AUGGAGAGACCACAGACAACCACUAUGGUCAUUACGCCGACAGUGACAUCGGCACGUGAACAGCGGACACCGGUAGUCCUAGAGGCCAACCUUCGUAUUCUCAGGGUACCAGAUACCAGGAGGGUAACCUGGCAAGAGGGUACAAUAGAUAACGAGGGUCUACAAAGGAAAAACAGCAAAUGCUGCUGCAUAUACAACAAACGCCGACAAUACGACGGUGAAAGCUCAGACGGUAUGUUAGCAACAUUCCAUAAGUUAUAUAAUGGCAGAUAA